AUGUCUUCCAGAAUCGCAGAAAUAAUAUCCAAGAUCGCUAUUCCCGCAGGUAUUGCCAUUACUCUUGGCCAAUCUGCUAUCUACGAUGUCGAAGGUGGUAAGAGAGCUGUCAUUUUCGACAGAUUGAACGGUGUUCAACAGAAGGUGAUUGGUGAAGGUACUCACUUCUUGGUACCAUGGCUCCAAAAGGCCAUCGUCUACGAUGNCAGAACCAAACCAAAGACUAUUGCCACCACAACUGGGUCCAAAGAUUUACAGAACGUGUCUUUGACUUUGAGAGUGUUGCACAGACCUGAAGUGAUGAAGUUGCCUACUAUUUACCAAAGCUUGGGUUUGGACUACGACGAAAGAGUGUUGCCAGCCAUCGGAAACGAAGUGUUAAAGUCCAUCGUUGCCCAAUUUGAUGCAGCUGAGUUGAUUACCCAAAGAGAAGUUGUCUCCGCCAGAAUCAGACAAGAAUUGUCCACCAGAGCAAAUGAGUUCAACAUCAGAUUGGAAGAUGUCUCGAUCACCCACAUGACUUUCGGUAGGGAGUUCACCAAGGCUGUGGAGCAGAAGCAAAUUGCCCAACAAGACGCCGAAAGAGCCAAGUACUUGGUUGAGAAGGCUGAGCAGGAGAGAAAGGCCAACGUCAUCAGAGCCGAGGGUGAAGCUGAAAGUGCCGAGACUGUCUCCAAGGCUUUGGCAAAGGCAGGUGAUGGUUUGUUAAUGAUCAGAAGAUUGGAAGCUUCUAAGGACAUUGCCCAAACCUUGGCCAAUUCUCCUAACGUUUCCUACUUACCAAGUGGUAAAGGCUCCGACUCAGAUGCUGGCAGCAAGAACUCGUUGUUGUUGAACAUUGGUCGUUAG